UUACCCAAAAGUUGGUGCGAGCCUGAUAGAGACCGAGAGCGACAAGUUUCACCUUCAACAUCCAUUGAUUAGUAAAAAUUUCCAAUUUUUCAUCAAUCCCAAAUCAGUAGAAUCAAUAGGGUACUUUCAAUUUCAAUUUUCAUAACCUUAUUUUUACUCUGCCAUAGAUAGCUGGCCAAGAGCUGGCCUCUUCUUUCCCUUCUUUAUAGACCCAGUUCCCUUGUCUUCUUGACUCUCCCUCUCUCUUCUAAUUUCUUUGUGACCCUUUGUAAAUGUGCCUAGAUUUGUGGGUCAACUCCACAAUUUUCUCUUUUUCUCUUGGUGAUUCUGCAUUGGGAGAUUUUUGAACGAAGGUCUGAGAGGAAGAAAUGAGUGUUUCGAGGUUUAUUAAGUGUGUUACGGUUGGUGAUGGUGCUGUUGGGAAAACUUGUAUGCUUAUCUCCUACACCAGCAACACUUUUCCCACGGAUUACGUGCCAACUGUUUUCGACAAUUUUAGCGCAAAUGUAGUUGUGGAUGGCAGUACAGUCAACCUAGGCUUGUGGGAUACUGCUGGUCAGGAAGAUUACAAUAGAUUGCGACCAUUGAGCUAUCGUGGAGCAGAUGUAUUUCUGUUAGCAUUCUCUCUCAUAAGCAGGGCUAGCUAUGAAAAUGUGGCCAAAAAAUGGAUUCCUGAACUAAGGCAUUAUGCUCCUGGUGUACCGGUUAUUCUCGUCGGGACUAAGCUUGAUCUUCGAGAAGAUAAACAGUACCUAAACGAACACCCAGGGAUUGUGCCAAUUACCACUGCCCAGGGAGAGGAACUAAGAAAACUCAUUGGUGCCCCAGUUUACAUCGAAUGCAGUUCGAAAACACAGCAAAAUGUGAAAGCAGUUUUCGACGCAGCAAUCAAAGUGGUUCUCCAACCUCCAAAGCGGAAGAAGCGAAAGAAGAGAAAGGCACAGAAGGCUUGUUCUAUAUUAUGAUGCAAAAUUAGGUGUAUCCCGACCGGUUAGAAUUCGAAGACCUAAUAGUAAGCUACUCAUCACAUUUAGCCCCUAACGAUCACUAUAUGAGUUAUAUUUUCACAUUGUCCUUAACACAACCCUAUAAUCAAGCAGCACAACUCAUCCUCUUUGCUUGCUUGCUUUCUGGGUUGUGCUAUGAUUUGUAAAAAAGUGGUUUAAAGUCAUCUGCUUGUAAUAUGCAUACGAUAAUAUAUGUUUGAGUUUAGAUAUCUUUUGUGUAACUGAUUCUCGAGUUAGUAUUGAUAUAGUGCAGUAUGUUGUCCUGCUUCAAUAUAUUGUGAUGUUCUUGUAUGCUUUUCAUCUACCAGUUGGUUAGACUCAUCUUUCCAGAGAUUUGGGUGAUUGUAGAAGAACAAUCUGUAUUUGGAGUAAUGUUGACUCAACAAUAUUUAUAGGCUUGUAAUAUCAUUUGAAUUUCUACCAUUAGUUUGUAUGUAA